AUGGAGAUUUCCAACCAAACACUUCCAAGUUGGUUCUUCCUGCUUGGAGUAUCUACCGUUCCUCAAUUCCAGGUUCUGGGGUUUCUUCUAUUCUUGAUGAUUUAUAUGAUCACAUUGUCAGGAAAUUUUAUUUUUCUCAUUACUGUGUGGAUCAGCCCAACGCUACACACCCCUAUGUACUUCUUCCUGAGUAAUCUCUCUCUUAUUGAUAUAUGUUUCUCUUGCACCAUAAUUCCCGUAAUCCUCAGAAAUACUCUAUCUGCAGACAAGAGUAUUACAUUGGAGGGUUGUGCUUCCCAGCUCUUCUUUUCAUUAAUAGUUGGGGCAGCAGAGUGUGUCGUGCUUGCCGUCAUGGCCUAUGAUAGGUUUGUAGCCAUAUGUAGGCCAUUGCACUACAGCAGUAUUAUGAACAUUAAGGUUUGCAUUAUUUUAGCCCUCAUACCUUGGAUAGUUGGUUUUAUAGACUCCUGCAUACAAGUGCCCCUCACCUUUAGCCUUCCCUUCUGCAGGACUCAUCAUAUCAACCAUUUUCUUUGUGAACUGCCUCCUUUCUUACGAAUUUCCUGCAGAGAUCCUUGGCUUAAUGAGAUAGCAAUGUAUGUUGGAGCUGGGUUUAUUGUUUUAUGCUCUUUCCUCUUGAUUUUGAUUUCCUAUGUUUAUAUUAUCUCCGCCAUUAUGAGGAUCCGUUCCUCACAGGGAAGGUAUGCAGUAUUCUCUACAUGCAUUUCCCACCUCACUGUCGUCAUGCUCUAUUACGGAACCAUCAUGUCCAUCUAUCUUAGACCUCGAUCAUCUCAUUCUCCGAUGACAGACAAAACUGCAUCAAUUCUCUAUACGGUGAUCACGCCCAUGUUGAAUCCCAUCAUCUACAGCAUCAGAAAUAAGGAAGUGAAGAACUGUAUAAUAAAGAACAUAAAAAAACAAGACAAACUGUCCAAAAACAUUCUGACUUGA